AUAAAAAAUGAAAUUAAAUGUUGCAGGUUUGAUGAGAAACAUAAAAAUUUAUGUUAUUUAAUUUAUUUUAGACAGAACACAUCAGUCAUAAAAAAUGUUGUAGUUAGCGGCUGAUUUAAUAUUACUUAAAAUGUUGAAGUGUUACAUAUUGCUGUUUUUGUUGAGUAUUUUAAGGGAAUUUGAUGGAAACCAAUUUGACAAUGUUUUAUUUUCAACAAAUCCACUAGAGAAGAGAUCUCUGCAUAAUAGAUUCAUUUGUGAUUGUUCUCUCCUCCCAAUAUCUAAAUGGCUCAAUUUGAUACGUGGCGGAGAGGAAAUACUUUGCUCCGAACCAACCAGGCUUCGUGGAGUCCCAGUAGUAAAGCUACCAGAAUUUAUUGGGGACUGCAAGCAACAGCCCAAUGUCCGAAAAAGAGUAAGACGAGCUGCAAACAGUGACACAAAAACAGCACAGGGCAUACAUGCUAAUUACACUGGUGACAUUAAAAGGCCAAAAAUUAAGAUAUCCUAUGUUAAUGAUACGUCCCAAAAUGUGGAAUAUGAGUUAACGUCUAAAAGUAUUAGAGUUAAAAAUAACAGUCUACAGAUGAAUGCAGAAGAGACUUUCUUCAUUAUACCAGUAAAUACUGCAGUAUCAAUACAAGUUACAUCAACUACUACACCAUGUAAAGGUUUUUAUGCUGUCAAACAGAACAUAUCAGAAUUUACAGGAGAUCCUCUAGAAUGCUCACAAACUAUAUGUUUACCAGGUACAUAUGUGAAUUCAAUUUGUAAUUCAGUUUUAAAAUGGAAUCUGAAUGUGAUUGAUAAUUUCAAAAUUGUGAUAAAUAUUGUUAUGGAUGGCAGUAAAAUGUUCAGUGCAGUUGUUUUUGUUAAAGUUGUAAACACUGACCAUAUGAUAGUCAACUAUAGUCCAUCAAAGCCAAAGCCUGAAUGUCCUCUCAUGUAUGAAAUUAAUACUAACAUGACCUUACAGAUAACCUACAGUGGAAAGUUGUUGACACCAAAUAGGUUGUAUGUCAAUGGGUCAUUUAUAAAAGAAAGCGCUACUGACAUUCUAUGGUAUGUUUUUGAUGUGGCUGGCACAUGUAAUGUUAGUAUUAGUAAAAGCACUGCAGCAGAUGCAUUAUGGGAACAAAGUGUUAUUGUCAAAGUGAAAUCCUUCGAAAUUGAUUUAAAGCCAAAAUUUCAACAUGCUAAUGUAUGCACGGAUACAAACAUCACGUUUUUUCUUAAAAAAAAAAUAGAAUGCGUGACAACAAACCCCAUUUAUAACUGGUCUUUAGACGGCAGCAUUUACAGAAAAGAGAAUUUAAUAUACAAAUUUCCUCUUGUGGGAGCAUUAAGCAAAACAUUUAAGGUAGAAAUUGAAAAUUUUCCGAUUGAUGAAAAACAUGUCAUUGUCUACGAUAAAAUAAAAAAUUUUACAGUUGUUUUAAAAUCACCACAAGUAUUGUGUAAAAACACUCCAAUUAGAAUAACCACUGGUACAUCUUCUGGGUCUGCAGUACUGUACUUUUAUCAAGUUAUACCUGAUCAAGGCUUAACCAGGAUACAGACUGGAGAUGAAGAAUUAAAUCUUACUAAAAAUGGCAAAAUUACCAUUAGAUUCUGGGCUCAAAAUGUUGUAAGUAAAAUCCAUAUGGAGAAAGAAUUUACUUUCCUGGAGAAUGAUGUGAAAUUGGUUUUGUUGGAAUGGUAUGUUGUUUCGAACAUUCCUGUGCAAAUUCAACCUAGCCAAUUUUCAAUAUGCAAAACGUAUUCUUACAGAUGGAAUGUUAGUGGAGUUUUUUUAACAGAUUGGCAACAUGGAGAAGUCUAUGACAUUCCUCAAUUUCUACACAAUUUUACCAAAGAAGGUGUUUACAAUACAUCAUUGGAAAUCCAAUACAACAGUUCAUCAGUUUUUACAAAAUCUAAUUUUAUUCAUGUUAAGAAUGCCAUUUCAGUUGACCUCCCUAAUAAUGACAAUGCACAUGUAGGUUGGUAUAUACUAAAGCCAUUACCAAAGGUCACAUCAAAUUCUUUUCGCUAUCGUUGGAUUGUAUCUGGAUUUUCACCCUUUCCAUGGGUAGCAGGCAACACAAGUAAUCCACCGCAUUUGGAAUUGACAUUCCAGGAGGAAAGUUUGUAUAAUGUUACUCUCGAAGUAAAUGACAAUCUGUCAAAUGAUCAAAAGACCAUGCAAGUGCUUGUACAAUAUCCAGUCAGAAAUGUCUCUUUGCCAAGUAUGAUCUAUGCUGAAACAAACAAAUCAUUUUCUGUUAAUAUCACAUAUUCAGAAAGAUCAAGAUAUCAAUAUAAAGUAAAUUUUACUGAUGGAAUAGUAAGCAAAAUCAUUACUAAUUCUCCCAACAUUGCAUCGUUCACCUACUUGCAUGUCUAUACUACACCAGGAAAUUUUACCUUGGUCUUUACCUUUAUGGAUAAUCUUGAAACUGUCACAACUAAUGUUUCUGUAAUAGUGAUGAAUCCAAUAACUGGCCUUAAUGCAAGUCUUUCACACACUGUGAGCCAAUGUCAGCCUAUCAGGGGGCAAAUAAACAAUGCAGGAGUUGAAUAUCCAGUACCCACCUACCAUUGGUAUCGCCUAUCACCUGAUGGGUUAGUUUUCAUCAACACUGGAAUUGUUAUGAAAAGCAUCAGAUUCAAUUUUUCAGGUAAAUACGAUAUAGUUGUACGUGCUCAGAAUGAAGUAAGCAAUUUUACAUACACUAUGUCUGUGCAUGUUAAAGACAAUGGUACACUUCCAAUAUUACUUACUGCAGUUGAGCCAGAUCUUUCUACAGUCCACCCUCCUAAUAAAGUUAUCAUUACCCCUGGUUCAAUGGUACAAUUUGAUGUAAAACUAGGUCCCUCUGUAGAUCAAAAUUUGGCUGUAAAUUAUCAGUGGUACUUUAACGGUAACUUGGCAUCAAGAGUUCAGACUAAUGUUUUUAAUCAUAGCUUUACAUCCCAAGGUGAAUAUAAAAUUCGUGUAAAUGCUACAACUAGGUGUGGAAGUGGUUCUUCUGAACUUAGUAUCUUUGUUCAAAGUGUCUUAACCCAAGUCAGUUUAACUGUUGAGUAUGAUCGUAAAGAAAUACAGAACAACUCUGUUAUUAGUGAAAAGGUUGAUGAGAUCCAAGUGAGUCAUGUUUAUUUUGAACCGACGGAUGCAACUGGAGUUUCUGGUCAACUGCAUUGCUAUACAGGAGAAACUAACGAACGUAAAGAGACUAAGAUGUUUGCUAUGUAUAAUCCAGAUGAAAUAUUUAAUGUUCCCAUCAAAAAGAAAAAUGUGACUGGACGGAUGUCUUGUUUUAUUGGUUUAAAAAACUUGGUUAGUGAAACUGUUGCCUUUUACUUUUAUUUUGUUGGUUCUGCACCCAUUUUAAACAUAAUUAACACACCAUCAUUCGGUGCCGUCAAUCAAAGCAUGAAUAUACAGGUAGAAAUAUUGAACCAUAAACUUACUGGAAAUUUGCAUUGGUUUUUGAAUGAUACAGAGAUAGUUUCUUGUGUUAAAACAGUGGAGAAAAACUUAAUACAAGCUGAGUGUGUUUUUUUUUUCAAUAACGUUGGAUUAUAUACAAUAUAUGUUAUACUUCGAAACAACUACUUUGAGGUACCUCUGUAUCAUAAUAUAUCCAUAUUAAAUGCUAUUAAGACAGUGUCGAUCUCACCGCUAAUGAUUCUUGAAGGUCAGAGCAUUAACAUUACUGCCAAUGUUAGUGGAAAAUAUCUGGGUAAUUUGAACUAUAAUUGGAAACAAAACAAGUCUUUGAAAAGUUACAUUACAUUUGGGAAGGACAAAAAUGCUGGUGCAUAUAACAUUACUGUCAACAUAUCGAAUGCUGUUAGUAGUUUUUACCUAUUAAAGAGAGUUAUUGUGUACCGAAAUCUUACCAAAGAUAAUCUGUACAUUAAAAAUUACUUCACCUAUAUUCAAAGAGGAAGUAGGUCAGUGUUCCAAAGUUCAAUUGUAGACAGUUUUGUUAAAUACAAGUGGUUUCUUAAUAAUAUAAGUAUAUCCAGUCAUGUAGAAACUCGUAUUCAAUUUAAUAACCUUGGAAAACAGCAAGUUAAGCUUACGUUAAGUACACCUUAUCAGCAGCACACAGUUGUUGCAUAUGUUUUUGUUAUUGAUCCAGUGACUAAUAUAGUAAUAACACCAUUGCAUUUUCGUGUAAAGUCUUCCAUCAACAUAUCUGCCACUGCAAAUGGCGGAGGCCCAUUCUCUUACUUUUGGCCUGAAUUUAAUAGCACCAAAAGUUAUAUUGUAUACAGUGCUGUUACAGCUGGUUUACAAAAUAUUUCAGUAUUAAUUUCAAAUCCUAUUAGUAGUGCUACUGCUAAUAAAACAUUGAAAAUUUACGACCUGCAAAGCUUUGGUAUAAAAGCAUCAGUAAAAAUUUGGCGAGUAGACAGCAACCGUAUUAUAUACAUUCCAUUUAAUACAACAAUAAACUUCUCAGUAGCUAAUGCAGAUCCUAAUAGUAAUUAUUCUUGGAAUGUUCAAUAUGAUAAAAACAUUAGUCGUACUAAAUCAGGAGUAACAUAUACUUAUCAUUUUGGAAGUAAAGGUGGUGAACAUCUUGUGCUCUUACAUGCAACCUUCGAAUUAGAAAGCCGAACAAAAGAUGUCAUUGUUCGUGUUGGUGACCAUACCACCAUGUUUCAAAUCUCAUUGACCAAUAAAUAUUUGUUGACAAACAGAACGUAUCAAGUAAUCAUAAAAUGGAACAAUCAACCAGUUGCUACAAAUGCUGUUAUACAAGUUUCUGGCACAAAUAGUUCCAACAAAUCAAUUGAACUUGCUCGUGGUCAGGCUGAAAUUUGGUUCCACACCCCAUUAGACAAAAAACUUGUUACUAUUUCCAUAAGUGUUUGCAAACAUCUUUCUUGUCACGAAAAAAGCUGGAAUUUCACAUCACUACCAAAAGUUAAUGAAAUUCUAGCGACUGGUAUUAUAGAACAUGUUGAGAUAGAUAAAAGUCUUAAUUUAACAAUAGGCAAUCAUAUACCAGAAGCAAAUGUGACUUGGUAUCUGAUCGAUGUGUUUGGUAACCGCAGUAUUCUUGGAAGUGGCAUCUACUUUAACUUUUCCUUUGAAUCUUAUAAUUUUCCUCCUGGUCAGUAUAUUAUUGAAGUGGCUGCAGUAAGUAUAUUUAUUGGCAAUCCUGAUCACAAACUUGUGAAACAAUUUAACUUUACUUUAUACAGUGACAAGUGUGAGGACCUCAACAUUACAGAGAAUGUAAAAAACCAAAUUUUGUUAAAUGAUGCUUCAUACAAAUUCAAUAUAUCAUGGAAAAAGGAUUGCUUCAUAACAAACCAAACUGUGGUUGUUAACAAUGUAAAAAGUUUCACUCAUACCACUGGUGUUUUUAAAGGGUACAGCCAAGUCAGUAUUACCACUCUGCAUAAAACUUCAAAUAUUUCUAUCUCCAUUACUUUAUGCAAGCAUGAGAGAUGUGUAUCUAAAAACUGGACUCAUAUUUCAGUUGAGAAACGUUUUAUUGAGGACAUAGUGAGAGAAAACGUAGAUGAGGCAGUAGAAGUCAAUGGCACAUGGAGAGGUAGCAUUCAAAAUGACUUUCCAGAUGCUAAGAUAUCAUGGUACCUCCAUGUAAAUGACAGAAAAAUACUUAUUGCUGAAGGCAAUAGAAGCGUUGCAUUUGACAUCUCUUUGUACGUAAAAUCUACAGGUGAUUAUAUAAUUGAAGUUGUUUUGGUUAGUCAAUUUAUCAACGAGUCAAUUAAUCACACAUUAACAAAAAAAUUCACUGUAACAGUUUUUUUUGAAGACUGUGAAAAGCCAAGCGUUUUCAUUGAUAGUAAUGACCGCACACACACAAAAUCAAAAUGGUUUUAUUCUGAGAUUAACUUCAAAACUAUUUGCCCAAAUGUUACUAGCACUUGGUCAUUCGCAGUUAAAGAUGGUAAAAGUUGUGAAACAAAAUACACAGCACAUACUUUUCCUGGUUUCAAAUUAACAAUGGAUAAGCCAUCACUUGAAGUGCCUCCGCGUGCUUUUAAAGUUGGUAGUUAUUGCGUACGAAAUCUUCUGCGAUAUGGGAAAUUUGGCAGAGUUUCUGAAAGAUUUUUCUUGGAAGUUGUUUCAACACCACUAGUACCAGUAAUUGGGGGAGGAUCCUAUCGAGUCAUAGGAAAUCAACAGGAUAUAGUUCUAGAUGCUACUAAAACUAUAGAUCCAGAUUUAUUAAAUGGAAGAUCCAAUUUAUUAUAUAAAUGGGUACUUGAAUCCAAUGCUUGUUUCACUAAUUUAAAAAAUGGUACUAUAUCUGAAUGGAGUGUGGCUAAUGCAAAGUUAUCAAUAAAACAGCAAUGCUUAAGCCCUAAACAUUUCCAUAAUUUCACGCUUCAUGUAAAACGUGUUCCAGAUAAAGAGUUUGUUGUUGGAGUACAAAAGGUGUAUGUCAUUGAGGGUGUUGCUCCUGUUGUAGAGAUUGAAUGUAUCACUUGUAAAACAUACAAAACUUAUAAGUAUAUUGCAAGCAAAAAAAUCAAAAUGUCUGCAAGUUGUUUGAACUGUGGUGAAAUAGAAGGAUCUUAUAAUUGGAAGGUUAUAGACCAAAAACGAAGACCGGUGGCUUUGACAAGUAAAAAUGUGCUUAGUCCUUUGGAAACAUCUGUUUUAGUAUUAGAUAAAAACGUUUUGGAUGGAAAGCAGAAUUAUACUUUUAUUUGCGACGUUCGUGUUAAAGGCAUGCAAUCCAUGGGAACAACUCAAAUUUUGCUGUUAAAUAACCCGAGUCCUAUAAAUGGACAAUGUACAAUUUCACCACGUGUUGGAAUAUCAAUGGUUGACAAUUUCACUGUCAGUUGUCAGGGCUGGCAUGAUGCAGACAAUGUAGAUCCAACAAGCAAAAUUCAAAACCAACCCUUUAUUUAUUGGUUGCUUGCAGGAAAAACAAAUAAACCAUCAGAUAUGUCCAUCAUAUAUCGUGGCAUCAAGCCUAAUCACACCACACAUUUACAGCUUGGCAAUGAGAAAGAUGGUGGAAAGUUGUUUAUUCAGAUAAUUGUUGAAGACUCCUUAGGAGCACAGACUGUAGCAUUUAAUGACUCGGUUAUUGUUACAACACCUGAUGUUGCCAAGAGAGAUCCUGUCCAGUUUGUUUCUGAAUCAAUCAUGCCAGGAUUGACAGAACAAGUUACAUUGAAAGAUGUAAACUUAGUUACCCUGGCAAUCAUUGCAUGCAGCAAUUUUAUGUCGAAAAAGGCUGGCAAUGAGAACAGAUCAAGAAUACUGAAUGAAUUGGUGAUGGGUGCUGCAAAAAUAGAUGCUUCUUCAGUGGAGUCAAUUACACAGAUUGUAAAUGCAUUAACCAGUAUUGUUAAGGUGGGAGGUGUAAAUGAAGUUGAUUCACAAUCCAGAGACUUAACAUCUAAGUCGCUAAAACGUUUGCUUGACAUGUCUGGAUCAUUCUCAAUGGAAGGAAUAAGUCUUGAAGAUUAUACAUACAGUGGGUUUAUGGAACUUCUUAUCAGCAACCUAGAGUAUUACAGAACAGGAAAUAGUAAUGUCCGCAUAAGAAGAUCAGCUGGAGGUGCAAGAACUUUUAAUUCUGAUUAUAAAAGUCUGCAGCAACUUUAUGAAGUUAUUUUGCAUGCUACAGUGGCAGGUGAAAGUUCCAGAAUUAUUUCAAGUGGUGCUAUAUCUACUUUGCUUUUACGAAAAAAGGGUAAACGAGUAGCUGGCACAACGUAUGCUGGAUCUUGUAAAGUGACAACUGAUGUACCAAAAAUUCACAACAUGAAUGACGUGUCAGGAGUAUUUGAAUGCUCAAAUAUUGACCCGUAUGAAGAAUUUGGCAGCUAUGUGCCCAAUAGUACAGUUUCCAGUUUAAAAUUUUUAUCCAGCAACAUGAGUGAAAUCUCUUUAACAAAUUUGGCUAAAGAGGAGAGAAUCAAAUUUACCAUCCCUUAUUCCUUUAACUUGUACCACGAAAAUUCCACUAUACAAUUGAACAAAGAUGAAAUUUAUUUGUCUGUAUUACCUAAGCAUGACACAUUCAUAGACUUGCCAGCCAUCGGUAUUAAUAUUGUGGUUGACAUUUUAACAGAAGAUUUUGGUGGCAAUAUAUUUGUUCACUUUUCUAAAAAUCAAAACUUGACAUUUGAAAAUAAAGCAACAAGAAAAUUAACUGUGGAUGUUCAGUCUGACGAAAACCUAAGAACUAUAUUUCUAUCUGGAAGAGAAUAUGGUGAGGAUUCAACAUACUUCUAUGGGUUAGAGCAUGAUUCAUCGGGUUCGGUUAACGUUACAAUAACAACAUACAUCAGUCAUUGUAACUUUUGGAAUGCUACCAAGCAAUUAUGGGAGAGCGUUGGUUGUACACCAGCAGCAAAUACAACACGGCAACACGUUGUCUGUUCAUGCAACCAUCUCACUUCAUUUACUUCUUCAAUCGAACUGGCACCCAAUCCUCUCGAUUUCACAGUACUUAAAAAACUCGAUGUUGCAAGAAAUCCGAUUGCUGUUUCAACGUGUGGGGUGAUUAUUGCUGUGUACCUCAUUGUUUUGUUUCUUGCAUAUCGAAAAGACAAAAAAGAGCAGACAGCAGAACAUUUCAUUCCAUAUGUCGGUUCAGAUGAAGGCUUUUAUCAAUAUGAAAUUCGUUUAAAGACUGGAGUAUAUCCCUGGGCAGGUUCAACAGCAAGGGUUGGUAUUCAAAUAUUUGGAACAAGCUGUACAACUAAAGUGCGUGUAAUCAAGACAGAAAAUAGCUUCCAAAGGAAUGCGGUUGAUAUAUUUCGAAUUUCUGUCGAUCGAAGCAUUGGGAAAAUCCACAAGAUUCGCAUCUGGCAUGACAACACUGGGGCAAGCCCAUCUUGGUAUUUAGAACGGGUAGUUAUAAGAAGUCUUGUCAAUGGAGAAAAAUUCUUUUUUUUCUGUAACAAAUGGAUUGGCACAGACUGUGAGGAUGGGUCAUUGGAACACGAAUUCCUUGUUGCUGACAUUCAUGAAAUGCAGAAAUUCUCCACAAUUUUCUUCGAUAUGAUUGGUCGAGGUUUUAACGAUUAUCAUCUUUGGAUGUCAGUAUUUGAAAGACCCAGAUUUAGCAAAUUUACCCGAGUGCAACGCGUCACUUGUCUCGUCACAUUCGUGUUAAGUUGGAUGUGUGUCAAUGCAAUGUGGUUUCGAGUUGCACCUGAUGGACAAGUUGAUGUUUACAUUGGAUUCAAAGGAUACUCAUUUAACGAAAUUCUAAUUGGAAUGAUCAGCGCCAUGAUUGUCUUUCCGUUGAAUUUUAUUUUAAUAACAUUAUUCAGAAAAUCAAGACAAACUAAAAUACCACCAAAACCAAUAAAGAUUUAUAAACCAACCAAACAUAUUAAGAUGCAGGUGGUUGAUUUGGAUACUGUUCCAUUAUUUGAGGAGCGAGACGAUUCUGUAAACACUUUUGAUAUUGGUGAGGUAUCAUCACCAUUGCAAAGAAAACAAAAAUAUUUCAACAUCCAUGACGCCAUGACUAUUGAAAACAGUAACACUGAAAACCAACCACAUUUGGACAAUUUAGUAUUACGUACAUCAAUGCUGAACGAUAUUUCAAUUGACUCGCCUACUUCGUUAACUCUGCCCCAUGCAUUUGAAGAUUAUUUAAGAAAGCGAGGCGAAACAUUUAUGUCAACUCCCUCCAAUAUGGAUUCCAGUUCGCUGACAAUGUCUCCGCAACAUCAAUAUCGGACAAGCUCAGCACGGUUAGCUCGUAAAAAAAUUGGCUAUGAACCAUUGGGUUUAUCUUUAAAACGAACACUCUCUUGUGAGUCUUUGCAGCUUCUUCCAACGAAAGAUGAAGAAACCAGAUUGAUGACACCACGUUUAAAUCCGGAUGAAUUAAGAAGUCAUAUGACAGAUAUCGUAGAACACCAGUUAUCUUCCAUGUUUCACGAGUUUCAAGAAAGCAGUGAGAAAAGCAAUAAGCAGGAGCUCGGUCUUCCAUCGGAUUAUUCGAGCGGCAUUUAUCAUCAUGAAGCUAUAACCUCCGCACUUGUCAAAAAGAAUGAGAUGUUAGCAGAACGGUUAGAAAUACCAGCUAUAUGUGAGUUAGAUCCAUGCACACGUUGGACAUUACCAUCCUGGUGCACGUAUGUCGCGUACUUGCUGUGUUUCGUGGUGAGCGGAAUGUCUAUGGUGAUUGUGAUCACAUUUGGUCAACAGUUUGGUUAUGAGAUAUCAUUGAAGUGGCUACGAGCGUUGUUUGUUGGUUUCUUGGAAGACGCUUUACUUGCAUAUCCAUUCGUGUUGAUAUUUACUUCAGCUGUGGUUGCACUCUUCAUCAAACCUCUGGAUUUGGAUAAAGUGGAUCAUUACGAUUUUGUGGAAUGUCCAUCCAAAAAAACGGAAAUGAUGGACAUCAAUGAGACAUCACCGCCCUCCGGUUUUGCAUUGGAGCUGGCACAACGCGAAGGAGCUCGACGAAAGCGCUUGCGAACGUUUGCGAAAGAUUUCGUCUUGCAAUUGCUUCUAAUGUGGUUCGUGAUUGCUAUCUGCACGAUCAAAUUUUCGUACACACUGUAUCCAUCUACCAGUCAGCUUGAAAGAAAUUUAAACCAACCAAUGGCUUUUAGCAAGAUAUCAAGCGUCAACAACUAUUGGUCAUGGUUUGAAACUACUUGGCUAUCUAAUUUAUAUGACCCAUCUAAACAGUCAUAUAACAGUUGGCAGCUUGCUUCACGUCCUGUAAUACGUCAAGUACGAGCAGCAGCAGGGGAUUGCAUAUCUGAAGAGCAUGCGGCGAUGCUUAAUGUUUCGAUUUGCUCGAAGGACUACUACACAACCGCCAAAUCAUUCUCUUACAAUUGGAGUAAUGAAGUUACAAAACCAUAUACGGUUAGUGUCGUAAAGAGUCCAUGGGUUUUUCAAAAAGAUCCAUACAUCUCAUCGAAAACAUUUGGAUGGCUGUCGGAUUAUCCUUCUGGAGGUUAUGAACUUCUGCUGCCUUUAUAUAACUUAACCGAUGCGUUAAGUCAAGCUAGGUUAACUGUGCAGAAUCUAAAGAAACAGCAGUGGUUUGAUAAAUACACACGUGCUUUGAUACAUAACUACGUCAUGUUGAACGGUGAUACGUUGCAGUACUCCUUCGUGGAGCUCUUAAUCGAGAUAACAUCUAGUGGGUUCAUAACGACAAGUUUUGAUGUGCGCUAUCUCCCGGUGUAUUACUUCACGAGAAGCGUUGAUUAUUUCUGCAUUUCGUGCGUAUUUUUUCUGCUAGCGCUUAUAGUUUACCUUCUAUGCCAUGUUGUCAGCAAGGCGCACGUAAAAGGCUUCAAAGAACUCCGAACUUGGUGGGACUUUCAUACCGUGCUAAUAAUCAUAACGGCAGGUGUAGGUAUCAUUAUGCAACUGGGUGAGGUGUUUCUGUUGGAAGAUUUCAGGAAUAGAUUAAGCAAUGGUUACGUACCAGAUGGUUUUAGUAUACAUCAUAUGGCAUUGUAUCAUGAUAUUGGAAUGUAUGUAUUCGGGUUUCUCGGAUUUCUCGUCAUCAUGAGAAACGUGCGUUUAUUCAGUUUAUCCAACAUAUACCACUACUGUUCCGAGGUGUUGCAUAGAUCUUCUAAACCUUUGCUACACUUCACUUUCAUGCAUGUUCUCUUCGUGAUCGGUUUCUCAAUCAGCAUGUUGAUUACUUUCCAGUCCUCCAUCUUCGAAUACCGUACUUUUUGGACUUGCUUUUUAUCGACCAUGUUUAAUCGCUGGUGGAAACCAGGUGCGCGUAAAAUGAUAGAUGCAUCUUAUGGGCUGGGAAUCUUUUGGAGCGUUUUGUGGAUGGUGUAUUGGUUAUUAAUUGUUACUAAUAUGUACAAAGCCAUCAUUUUGAACAGUGAUACAGUAAAAAAAUCGCCCUCUCUUAACAUAUGGAGCUUGUUUUGGAAGAAGAUUAAAAGGAGACGAAAGAAACAACAACGUCGAGUACGUUUCGAAAAUUUGGAAACACCUGACGAUGGUGGCGAACAAAUUGUCGAAACUGUUAUCGACAAAGAAACAGCGCCGCAACACGAUGACUUGCCACCUUUACCAGUUCCUCUGUUCGAUUUAAAUUCAAAUUUGAUGACUGUUUUGGCAGGACUUGAUCAGAUGGUAGUUCACGAGGAGUGGGAGGUGCAUGUAUUGAGCGAGCUGGAUAGAAAGUUGAGAGUCGCAAAAUCUAAAGUGAAGAUUGAAAAGUUAAAUAAAUACUGAGUAUUUUCUAUGAAAUUUAAUGUUAUUUUUAUUUGUGUUCGUUUUUAUUGUUAUUAUUGUUAAGGUUCUUGUUCGUGUGUUGCGUCACUUGGCCUGCAUUUUGAAUUUUUUUUUACAUAUAAUAAACAUUGUUUUUAUUCUUUUUUUAAAUAUUUUUGACGAUUUUUAUAAAAGCUUUUUUUUGUAUUAUGAAUUUUAUUUAAAUUUAUUUAUUUUAUUCCAAAAAACGAAGACUUCAAUGACUGACUGUAAAUUUCGAAUUUUGUGAGUUUACUUAUUGUAAUUGUUUAUUAGCUGACUUAAUGCGAUUUUUUUUCCUUAAAAUAAAGAGGUAAAAAAACUUUGAUGUCAUGUUGCUUAUCAACAGUAUACGUUUGCAAGCAAAAGUCAACCCACUUUCCGGUAGCCACCUCUUUCACUUCGUGUGCACAGUGCUGCGUUUCAGGCGUUCCGCCCUCUGGGUAUCAUAAUUUUCGCAGCCAGUGAAAGAUAAAUCUUGAAUUUCGCAAAUUUUGUAGAUUCUAUUUUGAUAAUGUCCGAAGUUGAAGACUCGUCAAGUUUCGGCAUUUUACAUAACUUCUGGAAAUCUUGAUUAAAUUUUUUUCAGUAAAUCAUUUGCUGUUAUAACAUAACUUAACUGAGAAUAUUGAUUAUUUUCAAUAUACUGUUAAUCGCUAAAUUGACUACCGUUAUUCUAUACAGUUUUUCAAGAUAUCCCUUUUGUGCUGCGGAAUUUGAAUAUUUUUUUAUUCCAAUAAAUUUACUUUUCUUCUGCGUCGUUAUGCCCGAACAAUUCGCGAAAUUAAAAACUUUUAAAUUUUUUGAAAAUUAAAAAUUGACGAUUUUUUUUAUUUAUGCUCUUUCAUUUUUUAUCAUCUUUUAUAUGACAUUAUGUAUAUUGGGUGCUGACUCAGCUUUUCUAAAAAGCUACGCUUUUUCAUGUAAAUUUAUCUGUAUAUAUAUGGGGUUUAUUUGUAUUGUAAAUUAAUAUUAUCCGUAGUCUAAUUUGUUUUAGUGGCAUUCUGUGAAAUAUAACUUAGAGUACCGGA